GGGGGUUGCUGGACACGUGUUUUGCCUGGACGCGGGUGCGCGAUUGUCGUAAGAAGCUGAUCUACGUCGUCGGCUGGGAAAUCAAAGAAGGCUGAAUCUCUAUCAUGUUCCUGCAGUACUACCUCAAUGAGCAGGGAGACAGGGUCUACACGCUCAAGAAAGUAGACCCCUCUGGCCAGCCGACAUGCUCCGCGCAUCCUGCCCGCUUCUCGCCAGAUGACAAGUACUCCCGCCACAGGGUCACCAUCAAGAAACGCUUUGGCCUCCUGUUGACCCAGCAGCCUCGGCCAGUGGUCUAAGCCGUGUUCCUCGAGCACCUUCGGAAACUGCUGCGGCCCAUCAAGAUGAGGCCAUCUUCUUCCAAAGUCGCCUUGAAGCCAUGCGCGGCGGAGAACAGAGCCGCACCUCCCUUGUGUGGUCGGCUUCUUUGUUGGACUCAGGUUGCUUCUGGUGUAUUUUGAUUUGCUUUCGUUUUAUUCUCUUUUUUUUGUCCUGUGGAACAAGGAAAUGAAGUCAAAGAGGGUUUUUACAAAGAGGGUUUGAAUGCCUUCCCGUUUGCCUGUUUGAAACCGGCUGUUUAAUUUCUGGCUUCAAGUAAAUAGAAUGCUCUGUUAUUUCAUUCCA